AUGACAAUGGAAGAUCGCACCGGUGGCAUCGACCGUGCCGCCCCCGCGACGUCCACGACGGCCACGACGGCGUUAACGUCGUCCAGCCCCUCGUCCAUCACCGACGCCACCUCCGACGCAUCGUACCCUCUUCAGCGCGCCAACAAGCGUUCCUUCGACGUGGCGUUCCUCGUCGCGCCCGACGAGAACUUGGCCCGCCGUCAAAGCGAGAAGAUGAGGAUGGCGUCGGCCAGGAAGGAUCGUUCCCGCGACGAAAUCUCGUUGGAGACGGUCGUAGACACGGACAGGUUGCCCCAGAACUUGACCGUCAAGAAUUACAACGACAAUGACGCUUCCGACGUCAGAAGAAGGAUGAUCCACUGCACCGAGAAUUCUCUCAGUCCGCCGUAUAUAUCACCGAGAACCUUGACCCCAACGUUGCCAACACCUCUGUCGCCCGAUACCGACGUUCGAAGGUACGUCUCAGGCACGCGUCUCCAAAAGUCACCCAGCCCGCCCGCCUUCCCUACCCAUCAAUCGAUGUUAACCACCUGCCCCGAGGUCGUGGAGCCGAAUCUCACUUGCAACAAGGUGUACGACACCGUUCUACCCUGCCCGGCAGACAGACACGGGGAAUCUCGCAGCGCGUUCACCAAGGUGAACCUGACGAUCCAGAGGAACGGGUUCGCCGACGAUGGCCAGACCUCGCCGCGAUCCUCCAUAUCGCCGGACGAUCGUACCGGUUACCAAAGCAGCGUCAGCCCGCCGGUCGUACCGUUGACCUCGACCACCGGUUACAAGUACGCGCCAUUCCCCACGGCUAAAAUGCCGUAUCCUUUCCUGGUCGGUCCCGAGAACGGUCAACCAGGUCUGUUGGAGAACCUCAAGAUACCGCAGAUCGCGCAACCGCCCAAAGUACCGAGCCCAAAGAUACCGAGCUUCCGGCCUGAUCUGCCCCCGGUUUACCCGAACCUCCCCUACAAUCCGAUCUCCGUGUUCCCACCGAUGGCCGACGCGCUCGCCAGGCCGAGAUUUCUGGCGACGGCCGCGGGGGUGGCCGGCCUUCUACCCCCUUCGUUCGCCGCGUUGACCCUGCCCGCGCAAAACGUAUGCGCCAAGUGCAAUCUUUCGUUCCGGAUGACGUCCGACCUCGUGUACCACAUGAGGUCCCACCACAAGAAUGAGAACACCGGCGAAGCGGCAAGGAGGAGGAGGGAGGAGAAGCUCAGGUGUCCCGUGUGCGACGAGAGCUUCAGGGAGAGGCAUCACCUGACCAGGCACAUGACCGCCCACCAGGAUAAAGAGAGCGACGCGAUCGUUGACCAGGUCGAGGUAAAGAGGCGUGCCACCACCGUUCACACCAAGUGA